AAUUUGUUUCAUUAACCCACUUAAAAUACAAUUAAUUUCAAACCCACUUUGAUUAAAAUUCUUCCAACUUCAAUGGUGUGUUACUUCGUGGAAGCUUCACUCCACAUUGACAGAGCAACCCAUCUUCCUCUUCCUUCAUCACCAACGACUCUUCUUCCUUCUAAAUCUUGAAAUUUAUUUCACUUCAACACCCAGUUGCAUUUUAGCUGUUUCAAUCAAUCAAAAACGAGAAAACCUAUCAAAAAAGAAAGUGUCUUUUUUUGUGUGGGACUUUUCUCGUUUUCGAGCUCUUUUGCUUACUUUCAUGCUCAAGGGACAAAAGAACAAAAACUCCAAGCACCAGUUUUGCCAAAUAUUAUUUGCUGGAGUUUUGCAGCAUUCUGAAUUGGAGAACUUAUUUGCAUAACGUGAUUGUAAGAUGGAACCAGCUGAUGGAAAGUUGGACCUCGAGUUCGGUGAGGAUAUUCCGCUUAGCUCGUCAAAAGCCAGCAGAAAAGGGUUGCAUCCUCUAGAAUUUGAAACAUCUUCUGCGAUUCAAAGAGAAAUCCCAAAUUCACAUUUAAUAAAGAAGCUGCGUGUCAGCCCUUUCAACAGUAUAUACACUGUCCUUAUAAAAGCUAAAAUAAAUGUGCUACUACCAUUUGGGCCUUUGGCAAUAUUGCUCCAUUACUUGACUGAUAAACAUGGAUGGAUCUUCUUUUUAAGCUUAGUGGGCAUCACCCCUUUGGCAGAGCGUUUGGGUUAUGCAACAGAGCAGCUUGCAUUUUACACAGGUCCUACAGUGGGCGGUUUGUUAAAUGCCACUUUUGGCAAUGCAACAGAGAUGAUAAUUUCGAUCUACGCAUUGAAGAUGGGUAUGAUCAGAGUGGUUCAACAAUCUUUAUUGGGUUCCAUUUUGUCAAAUAUGCUAUUAGUUCUUGGAUGUGCCUUUUUCACUGGUGGGGUUGUUCAUCAUCCAAAAAUCCAGAGUUUUGACAAGUCUGCAGCCUUGAUGAACUCUGGGUUGUUGUUAAUGGCUGUGAUGGGAAUAACAUUUCCAGCUGUGCUUCAUUUCACACACACUGAGGUGCACCGUGGCAAGUCAGAGCUCUCUCUUUCAAGAUUUAGUAGCGGCAUCAUGCUGGUGGCAUAUGCAAGCUACCUGUACUUUCAGCUAAGAAGUCAACACAAUCUUUAUGAUCCUAUUGACGGGGAAACGGUGACUAUUCCAGAAGAAUCUGAUGAUGAAGAAGCUCCUGAGAUAACUUACUGGGAAGCAAUUUCCUGGCUUGCUAUUUUGACCUUAUGGGUGUCAGUACUAUCUGGAUAUCUCGUUGAUGCUAUACAGGGUGCAUCCGACUCGUGGAAUAUGCCCGUUGCAUUUAUUAGUGUGAUUCUACUUCCAAUUGUGGGGAAUGCUGCUGAGCAUGCUAGUGCAAUCAUGUUUGCUGUGAAGGAUAAGCUUGACAUCACACUUGGAGUAGCAAUUGGCUCAUCUACUCAAAUAUCAAUGUUUGUGAUUCCCUUUUGUGUAAUAGUUGGUUGGAUGAUGGGCCAGCCAAUGGAUCUGAACUUUCAACUUUUUGAGACUGCUACUCUGUUUGUGACAGUUUUAGUGGUAGCGUUUAUGCUUCAGGAAGGAACAUCAAAUUAUUUUAAAGGCUUGAUGCUUGUGCUGUGCUAUCUUAUUGUUGCGGCCAGCUUUUUUGUACAUAAUGAUGCCAAGGAAGAUGAAAACUGAACUGAACCACCGAUCAAGAACAAAGGAGUCUCAUUUCCCAGGAAGAAGAUGCUGCAUUAAGUUUAAACCAGUGACGUUUUGUCAUUUAUACUCGCAUUAAUUGUAUCCUGGAUGCAAAUGGUUUGGGUGUUCCAUGUCACCUAGAAGAAGGAAAGUCCAGAAGGUUGGUUCUAUUGCUGAUUCGGGUGAAAAAUGCCAAUUUUUGUUGUAAGAUGUCAUUCUCUCUGCACUUGCAGGGAUGUCUAUAAACUGAUCUUCUGUGUCAACUAGCUUUCAUUUAUGGACAUGGUGGUGAACGUCGUCUAGUUAUGGUGUUGCUUUGCUCUUGAACCGAAACUAACCCAAACGCAAACGUACUUUUCUGGGGAUUAACCCAUCAGGAAUCUUACUAGUAGUAAUACCGGGUACCUUUUAUUUUUUUUCUUUUUCUUUUCAUUUAUAUUUAUUUUUUUUGGUUAUAGAGAGCCAUAAAAAGGCAAAUGGUGUAAACUGUUUCUGAAAAUGUCUUAGUUCCUACUAAUUGUAGCGUUUCUUAAAAGAGCAAUUUAAAUGUUAUUUCAUUA